AUGUGUUUCUACCAACCCAACCCACCGGGCUGCAUCUGCGCCUUCCACCAGCUCAUCCAGCCCUGUCAAAACGUGAUCUACUACUCAGCUCCCAACCCGUCCAAGAACCCAAACCCGCUUGUAAGGGUCUGUGGCGCGAAGCAGUUUAUGAAGGGCGUCGGCAUAAGAAUCUGCCAUCUGUGCCAGUCGAUGUAUCCGGGGAUGACGGGGAUUGGACGCGGCAGCGGCAUUGGAAUGGGGAUGGGGAUGGGAAUGGGAUACAAUGUGAAUCUGGGAAUGGGGUUUACGGGGUUUAUCAGUUCGGGUCCACCUGGGUCCAUGGCCCCGGGUGUCCAAGAGCAGGGGCAAGGGCAAAGACAUAACCUGAAGACGGAGGUGGAGGAGAGGGCUGCUUUGGAGAAACUGGCGAAUGACGCCAUGAUGGCCGCUUACACCUCGACCACGCCUACACCCACAUUUAUGCCGACUUCGCCGACUGCCUCCGAUCCUGGAUUUAGGUCCGACUCUAACCUGAUGGUGAGACGACGAGGACCCAAGACGGAACUGAGACGAUUACUCCCGUAUCCGAGCCCGACGUCGAAGAGGAGAAUGGCUGUUUCGUCGCCCGUGCCGGGGUCUCCGAUAAAAUCUGCAUCUGCAGAGGGGCCGAUACCGUCGCCGACGCCGUCGCCGACUGAGAUUAAGAUACAGGGGGAGAAAGGCGAGGGGCAGGUUUCAGGGAACGGUCGUGUUCUUGGUGAGCUGGACAUGGACGGGGAUGAAACCGAAGCGCGCGUGCUGUUGCUGCAAUGCCAAACUGCUCUCGAAGAGAAGGUUCGAAGCCCUGCUUCUGGUGUUGAGGGCGAAGCUUCUGAUGAGAAGACGACGACAACUGAGACUGAAGGUGCUGAUGGAAAGGACAAUACGGUGGACGGCCCGGAAAAGGGAGAGAAUACACACGGUGUCCAGACGACAACGACUGAGACUGAAGUUGCUGAUGGGGAGAACGAUACAAUGGCGGACCCGGAAAAGCAGGAGAAUGCUCACUGUUUCCACAAGCCGGAGCAAACUCACGGGCUCCAGGCUGAAAAUGAGAGUGGAACGAGAAUUGGCAGUAGGCAUGGAAGCAUGGAUGACCGAGUUGAGAGGUUGGUUAUGGCAUGA